AUGGCCACAAUCGAGCCGCGCUUGAUCCAUCUGCUCAACGAGCCGACGAAGCCGCAGAAUAAUCAUACUGAUCUUCCUCCGCUUCAUUCUCUCUCCUUUACUACGACUACGGAUCGAUCUUUGCCGCCACUUGAGCCGCUUGAUACCAACCACCGCGGUGAUAGAGCAGGACCCGAUACACAGUCUGUUAGCGCUGGUGGCUCAAUACAAAUUUCUACCGAUGAUGCUGCUUUUGACCAUCGCAAAGAGGGAGCGGGCCAAGAUGGAAAAUUCAUGUCAGCGUCCGGUGCAUUUCCGUUUCGUGUAGCUACGGGCGAUUCGGAAGUUGCAGAAUCUACCAGUUCGAUAGGCCGAAUCCUAGAUGAUGAUCAUGAGGCUCCUGACGACACUUCGACCAAGAAACGACACCGCGGCCUUCAUGUCAAGGAUGAUUUUGUACAACUUCCGCAACCUCUCAAAAAGCAGAAAGCCAACCAGCAAGCGCCGGUCAUGCCACCGAUCAUUAAUGGACUUCACGAACCUCCGCCACAUGCCGCUUUGUUCCCACCAAUUUCAUCUGAAUCAUUCGAUAAUAAUGAUUGUUCUCAGAUGAAGGUGCUGCCGGAAAUACUGCCAGAGAUACUACCGGAUUUUACACAGCCGUCUCAAGAAACCGAGUCAGAUUUCAAUGCUAACAAGGCACGGAAGCGGACUGCCAAGCCAAGAAGGAAAUGGUCAGAGGAAGAGACAAAUCAUCUCCUGUUAGGUGUCAAUCGACAUGGGGUAGGAAAAUGGACAAGUAUUCUCGAGGAUACCGAAUUUACGUUCAACGGCCGUACAGCUGGAGACCUCAAAGAUCGAUUCAGAACCUGUUGUCCCGACGAGCUUCGCAAAUCCAACAGAGCGCUCAAUGCGGAAUUGCCACAAUGGUCUGGUCGAGAGACGCUACAUCAGGGUAAACCAGAUGUUCACCUGGAAAAGAUAUUGAUAGAUGAAGAUGUUGCACUAGCAAAGGACGGCGCCUCAACUUCACAGCAAGAUAAUGAUACAUCCCCCCAAAAAAAGAAAAGCCGCGCGCAUCGCAAGAAGAUGGAGGAUCUUGUGGAGCUUGGUAUCCACGGGCCUUUUAAGAAAUCUCGCCGUCGCGAACGACGACCUUUUACUGAACAGGAUGACAUGGAAAUCCUCGAAGGUUUGAACAUCCAUGGCCCUGCGUGGACCAAGAUUCAACGGGACCCACGCUUCCAUCUUUCCAGUCGACAGCCGACAGAUCUGAGAGACCGGGUGCGCAAUAAGUAUGCAGAUGUUUAUCAACGCAUAGAGAAAGGUACCUUCCAAACCAAAGAGACGGGACGAGGAAAUGCUCUCAUGGAGCCAUAUGUAAGCAUUUCCAUCGAGAACUCGUUCAAGGCAUCCAAGGGCAAGACACUGGAACCACAGAUGAACACAUCAGCAGCACGCGAGGAUCUCCCUCGAUGGCCGGUCCACCAAAGGAUGGAUGCCAGUGAAAGCCUGGGAACGGCACAAGCUUUCGAUUUUAGCGAGGGCCCUGUACCUUUUAUGGGUGGUGAAAUGGAUAUUUCGCGUCUGCUGCUUGACGAUGCCAAGCUCUUGCCAGCAAGUUCACGCUUCGGGGUUGAUGGUGUUGCCAGUCUUUCUCCACAUGGUAAUGCUCCACAAAAGAGGCACGUCAAGGAUGAGAUACAACACUCGAGAAAGUAG